AUGCCCGGUUCCUACUCAGUCGGCGCGACUGUGACGGUGUCGAGCAACCCGACCGGGCCUGUUGGAAACAUAAUUGACGGCCUGGACAACACUCAGUGGCAAUCCGGCGCCUGCUUCCCGACUGACUAUCUUGCGCGCCCCAGCAUGAACCCCCUCCUCAACGCCUGCGCCGCCGCCGGCCGCUGCUCCUCGUCGGAUGGCACCACCACCCCGGCCGCCGCCACCGACAACAACGUAUACUCUGGGGCCGGCGUGGCGCUGCCAAAGGCGACGGCGGCGGGCGCGCAGGGCGCGUUCUUGCGCGCGCAGCUGCCGGCGGCGGCGGCGGUCCAGCGGGCGAGCAUCAAGGCGUUCGGCAAAGAGCCGAUCGACGUGCUCCUGUUCAAGGCUGAUGGCAGCUCUGUCAAGGCGGCCACCCUCAACCCCGCUACUGACAACUACAACUGGGUGCAUGGGGACGGCUCAUGGGACGGCAUCGUGGCAGUCCAGGCGCAGUCCGCGGCGGCGUUCACGCUUACGGAGCUCGGGGUGCAGUCCGGGCCCUGCCUGGAGUGGGCAACUGUGGACAUGGGGGCCGUUAAGGACGUCGGGGUUGUCAGGGCGCGAGUGUGGUCGCCGGACUCUGCAUCCGCCGUCCUGCAGGCCUCAACCGACGGCGCCGCCUGGACCACCCUGAAGCCCCUGGACCCCAAGAUCCUCGGCCCCAUCAACACAACCUUGGACACCGUGGUGCCCGCGCGCUACCUGAGGGUCCAGCACGAGAUCACAGACAAGACCGGCUGGAAGAAGGUUUACGUCUGGGGCAUCGACUCAUUCCGUGGUGAUGCUAAGCCUGCACCAGGCAGUGCCGUCGUGUCAGCGGAGCUAGCAGCGGCGGUCACCCCGAAGAUCCCGGAGAAGAUGGGGACCUGGAUACCAGUGUACACAGUGCCUGGGCAGACCUUUGAUGACCUCAUCAAGAGCGUCGAGGCUAAUGACUGCAUCAAGGGAUCCUUUAAGGGUGCCGUGCUCAUCGGCCCGGACAGCGGGCCCCCCACCCCAGGGAACGACAAGGUGCACCGCGAGUACUUCAGCAAAAUCGCCAGCACCACACAGUGGACCACCUUUGGCUACCUUCACGUGGGCUAUGGCAGCCGCCCCCUUGACCAGAUCCUCAAGCAGAUCGACAUCUGGCUCACCAAGGGUCCGGACGGGUACGGCGACAUCGUGCAGGGCAUAUGGGUCAACCAGGUGGCGCCAACCUACAAGACGGAUGCGGAGGUUGCCUACAUUACAGCCAUCAUCGAGCGCAUCCGGUUCUACAACGGCCUCGUGGCCCUGAACCCAGGCCGUUCCAUGGACUGCAAGGUUGCGGGCAAGGCGGACUUUGUCAACGCGUUUGAGGGCACCCUGGACACCUGGCAGAAAACAAACCCUGUCUGCGCGUGCUCUGAUGUCACCAGGUGCAUAGCGUCGAUCCACUCCUACACGGGCAGCGCCUCCGCCGACGGCCUGGCGGCCGUGAUGGCCAAGGCGCGGGCCAGCGGCUUUGAGGCGACCUUCAUCACUGACAGGCGCAUGCCGGGGCAGUACGACGGCCUGCCCAGCUUCUGGAAGGAGGAGCUGCAGGGCCUGUGCCAGACGAUCAUCAACCCGUGA